AUGGCCAUGGACGGAGCUGUGUCUGAUCUCCAUCUCAUCGUCUUCUUUGCCUUCCUUCUCAGUACACAUGGUGCGACGGCAGUGAAGUUCACCUUCCGCAACAACUGCCCGGAGACCGUCUGGCCGGCGACGCUGACCUCCAGCGGCCCCGCGUUCCCGACCACCGGCUUCCCCCUGCCGCCGGGAGCCUCCGUCUCCUUCUCCGGCGUGGGCGCCACGUGGUCGGGCCGUGUGUGGGGCCGCUACCGCUGCACGGCCACCUCCUCCCCCGGCGGCGCGCGUUUCUCCUGCGAGUCCGGCGACUGCGGGACGGGGCAGGUCGCGUGCAACGGCGCCGGCGGAUCCCCGCCGGCUACCCUGGCCGAGUUCACGCUCGGUGGCGGCGGCGGCGGCGGCAACAAGCUGGACUUCUACGACGUGAGCAACGUCGACGGCUUCAACCUGCCCGUGGAGAUCGAGCCCGCCGCCGGGGGCCGAUGCCGGAGCACAUCGUGCCCCGCGGACAUCAACCGGGUGUGCCCGAGCGAGCUGGCGGUGAGAGCAGCGGCGGCGGCGGCGAGGAAGGACGGCGGCAGUGGCGACGACGCGGUGGUGGGCUGCAAGAGCGCGUGCCUGGCGUUCGGCACGGACGAGUACUGCUGCCGCGGGAAGUUCGCGUCGCCGGCGACGUGCAAACCGAGCGGCUACUCCGAGCUGUUCAAGGCGCAGUGCCCGCAGGCGUAUAGCUACGCGUACGACGACCGGAGCAGCACCUUCACCUGCAAUGGCACCGUGGACUAUCAGCUCAUCUUCUGCCCAGCCUCCGGCACGAGGGGUCGCACUGCACUGCCAACCCACGGGAACAACUUGUAA